AUUAAAAUUUACACAUUUAAUUCAAUAAGAUAGUACUUUUUUAUCGUAAAAAUAGAAAAUAAAAUAAAUUCGCCAUUAGCUUCCUAAUGCGCAAUCGCGUUGAACUGGCGGAAAAAUUCAAAUCAACAAAAGUAACUUACCGCUGUUAUCGAUUUCCAGAUAAUACUGUUUGGUCAACAAAACAAAUUAAUGCACCGUAUGAGGAAGAUUACGAUCAAAUGGAAGAUGAUAUUAAUCAAGAAGUUAAUAAUAGUGACUGUAAUAUAGUUAUUAAAACUCUGAAAGACGGAAGAUGUCAACAUGAUGCUACUAUUCCUCAAGUCUUCCAUCGAUUUCUCGUAGGGUUUUCAGGAUCUACAAAAAAAAAUCUAGAAAGCGAAACAAAGACCACAAUUAAAAUUCCAUCUAUUGGAUCUAAAGAAAAUAAUAUUGUGAUUAUUGGAAAAAAUCGAUCAAGCGUGAUAUCAUGUCGUCAAAGAAUCGACUUAAUAGUAGAAUCUUCAAGGAAAAAACUUCCGUUUACUCAUUUUGUAUCAAUCCCAUUAGAUUAUGAAGUUACUAUCAAUAAUUUUAUAAAAUUUAAAAACGAAAUUCUCAAUGACUCUGAGUUGAAGCUCAGCGGAAUUUCAGAAGAGUUGUUUGUUAGUCCUAAUAAACUUCAUUUAACUAUUGGAAUGUUAUUGUUAGUUGACGACAAAGAAAAAAAAAAUGCUAUAGAAACAUUCGAUGCUUGUGUUAAAAAUAUUAUCAAACCUAUUUUGAUGGAAAAAGGACCAAUUAAUAUAAGAAUUCAAGGUCUAGAAAUAAUGAAUGAUGAUACGGAAAAAGCCAAGGUACUUUAUGGUAAAGUGUUAAAAAAUGAUACACUCCAAGAAAUUGCCAAUAAAACUCAAAACUUUUUUGUUGAUAAAGGACUCAUGAAUAUUCAAUAUACUGAAAUAGUAAAUUUGCAUAUGACGUUAAUAAAUACAAGCCGUGUAAUAGAUAAAAGUAAAAAGAAUUCCAAAGCUCCUAAUUUUGAUGCGACAAAAAUAUUAAAAAAAUAUAAAGAUUACUAUUUUGGAGAGUCAAAGAUGGAAAAAAUUAAUAUUUCUAUAAGAAAUAUGAAUAAUGAAGAUGGCAGUUAUGACAAAUUGACAGAAAUCAAUUUGUCAAUGUAAUAAGGUGUACAUUUAUGUAAUAAAAUCGUUUAUAAAUGCAAAGUUAUGUAAUAUAAAGCAGUUAUUAUUUUUUAUCAAUAAAUAAAUUUUGUGCGUUUUUUUUUAAAGAAAA